CAGGAGAGAGACCAGACUCUCACUCUGACAGCGGGAAGAGUCCUUCAGCGGAACCAGACCCAGAGAUGCCCAAACCAGUGAGACAACACCACUGCUCCCACUGUGAAAAGAGUUUUUGCUGGUCAGGAAACCUAAAACUGCAUGAGAAAACACACACAGGAGAAAAGCCUUACCAGUGUUCCCAGUGUGGAAAGAGUUUUGCCGUGUUAACUAACCUGAAAAGGCAUGAGAGAAUACACACAGGAGAAAAGCCUUAUCACUGUUCCCAAUGUGGAAUUAGUUUUAUUCAGUUAGGGCACCUAAAAGCUCAUGAGAGGACACACACAGGAGAAAAGCCUUUCCAAUGUUCCCAGUGUGGAAAGAGUUUUACUAAGAAAGGGCAAGUAAAAGAGCAUGAGAGAAUACACAAAGGAGAAAAGCCUUUCCAAUGUUCCCAUUGUGGAAAGAGUUGUACCCGGAUACGAAAUCUAAAAAAGCAUGCGAGACUACACAACGGAGAAAAGCCUUACCAAUGCUCCCAGUGUGGAAAGAGUUUUGCCGUGUUAACUAACCUGAAAAGGCAUGAGAGAAUACACACAGGAGAAAAGCCUUUCCAAUGUUCCCAUUGUGGAAAGAAUUGUACUCAGAUAGGGUACCUAAAAGUUCAUGAGAGAAUACACACAGAAGAAAAUCUUUAUCAAUGUUCCCAGUGUGAAAAGAGUUUUACUCAGAUAGGGUACCUAAAAGCUCAUGAGAGAAUACACACAGGACAAAAGCCUUUCCAAUGCUCCCAGUGUGGAAAGAGUUUUACCAUGUUAGCUAGCCUGACAAGGCAUGAGAGAUUACACACAGGAGAAAAGCCUUUCCAAUGUUCCCAGUGUGAAAAGAGUUUUACCUGGUUAGGGAGCCUGAAGGAGCAUGAGAAGACACACUAAAAAAGCCCUACCACUGCUCUUUCUCUCUGUGUGGAAGGACAUUUUUCCAGUCAGAGAACCUGAUAUCACAUGAGAGAAUAAAGGUGCUGUGUUCAGACUUAUUUUUGCCUGAUAAUUUGUGUUUUGAAAUCGUAUUGUUUAUGAUUAUACCUGU